AUGUUCCGGGACUUCUGGUGCUUUAACUCUGGAACUCGGAGCUCCGACUCAGGUGAUGUUGCCGACCGUGACCCGGUCCUCCUUGUAUCGGGGAUGGCUGGGUCGAUUCUCAAUUCCAAGAGUAAGAAGAAAGUCGGAGGCGAGACCCGGGUGUGGGUUCGGAUCUUCCUAGCUGAUUUGGAGUUCAAGAAGAAGCUUUUCUCCCUCUACAAUCCUAAAACAGGUUACACGGAGGUAUUAGAUGAUAAUAGUGAAAUAGUAGUGCCUCAAGAUGAUUAUGGGCUCUAUGCCAUUGAUAUUUUGGACCCUUCUCCAUUGGUAAAGUGUAUGCAGUUGACCGAUUGUUACCAUUUUCAUUAUAUGAUUGAUAUGCUAGUUGGAUGUGGGUAUAAGAAGGGCACCACACUGUUCGGAUAUGGUUAUGAUUUUCGACAAAGCAAUAGAAUCGACAAGGCAAUGGAUGGCCUACAAGAAAAGUUGAAGGCUGCAUAUAAAGGUUCUGGGGGAAGGAAAGUCAACAUAAUUUCACACUCGAUGGGUGGAUUGCUGGUGUCAUGCUUUAUAUCUCUUCGUAGUGAUGUGUUCUCCCAAUAUGUAAACAAGUGGAUUACCAUUGCCACUCCCUUUCAAGGGGCACCAGGAUACAUCAAUGAUUGUCUACUAACUUGA